AUGUCUGUGAUUUGGGGACAGAAGCCUGAUGUUCUAGUCAAGCUACAUAUCUUAUAUUCUUCCCGUGGUUUUAACGAUGUGGAUGCUUUUUAUGAUUUUCUGACCACUGUGAUUGAUGGCCUUGGGGAUACUUGUGGUAUUCCAAUUCAGGGUGAUUCAAUAUCUGUACCUGAGGGUGUGCGGUUAGACAAAACUUAUUAUGCAUCUUUACUGUCAUCUACACUAGGAGUUACUAUAGAUGAGGCAAAGAAUGAAAUGAGUCGAUAUGGUGGAAAUGGGGUAACACUAGAGUGGUUGAGAUUAAGAUUUCAGAGUGUUUCAGAUGAUAGUUCUCUUGAAUUUAUAGAGUUUGCAGCAAGAGGAUUCUUGCUAUAUAUAUUAGGUUGCACACUUUUUGUGGACAAGACUGGGAAUAGGAUAAAUGUGAUUUACCUACAUUUUUUACGGGAUCUUAAUAGGGUUGGUCAGUAUGCCUGGGGAGCUGCGGGGUUAGCAUUUUUAUAUCGACAGUUAGGACUUGCAUCCAGACUUGGUUGUAGGCAAAUUGGGGGUUAUUUGACAUUGCUUGAGGCUUGGAUAUAUGAGCACUUCCGGAAUGUAGUUUCCCCUCAUCUUCGUGUUGAAUAUUCAAAGAAUGAGCCACGAGUGAAUCGUUGGGAACCUCGAAAAGAUGCAGGUUUGUCACUAGUGUACGUGCAAGCUCUUCGCCAACAGCUUGAUCAUAUGCAGGCGCACAAGGAUCCAUAUCGUGGUCAUAGGGAGGCUCAUCCAUUAUUGGAAAUCACAUUUUACACAGGAAUGCUUAAGUGUUUAGAUAUUGUGGAACCAUAUUAUCCUGAUAGAGUUCUAAGACAAUUUGGUCGAGUUCAAACAAUUCCUCGCAACCCUUACACCCCUUCUCGUGUUCGACGAGUUUCUGAUUCCAAAUCAUACAAGGUUGUGUAUGAGUACUUUGAUGGAUUGUGGCAAAGAUGGCGAGAUCACGUGUUAGCAGAUGCGAACCGAAGCACUCCAGUUAAGUUUUCAUAUGACUGCACUCCAGAAUACUUAUCGUGGUACCAAAAGAUCACACAUCCCUAUGUUCAACACCCUGAUCGGGUGUCUGCUGCAGUUGAUUCAAACGAGGAAAAUCAUCCUUUACAGUGUAUAUCACGGGUAUUGUGUAUCAGUCAAUCUAUUGUUGAUGUUGGCCGAGAUAAUGCUAUAAGACAACCAAUGACGCUAUAUGAGGCAAUUGAAAGCAUUCUUACAUAUACUAUUAGGUGA